UAAGAAAUUGCUUUGUGUGUCGUCGGCCGCUGAGUGCUCGUGUAUGCUAGGCCUGGCAGCCUACGGCUGGUGCAUCAGUGGUCGCCUAGUCUUUACACCAAUCCGGCGAGAUUUUCCCCACUUUUCCCAGCCGUAAGCCACUUUUUUAUUUAUGAUAUACACUGCCGAAGAAACACACAACAACCUGUGCAAUCUACAGCCAUGCAUUUGAAGUAAAAGUGAUAUUUCGAGCCUAGUUUUUGUACCCGUGUCGUUCGGGAAAAUUUGUAAAAAUACCGUACAGAGAGGAGCCAGACCGCCGUCGCCCAGCGCCUGUUCACCCUUGCCAGCAUCCAGCACGCGGGGGCUUUGAGGACUGUGUGAUGGCCGUCUGUGGGUCGCGAAUUGCGGCCAGACAAAUGGCUUUUACGGGGACACCUCGAGAUCACGCCAUUCUUAGUGCAACCCAGACAUUCUACCAGAAUGCUGCUACAGCUUCGAGUUUAUCAAGGCGAGAUUUUGAGCCGGAUAGACCGAUUGGUUAUGGUGCUUUCGGCGUGGUAUGGUCGGUGACAGAUCCGCGAGACGGUAAGCGGGUGGCUCUUAAGAAGAUGCCCCAUGUCUUCCAGAAUCUCAUCUCAUGCAAGAGAGUCUAUCGGGAACUUAAGAUGCUCUUUUUCUUCAAUCAUGAUAAUGUCCUCAGAGCGCUGGAUAUUCUUCAACCUCCUCAUCUAGACUUCUUUGAAGAGAUAUAUGUUGUGACGGAGUUACUACAAAGCGACCUUCACAAGAUCAUUGUCUCCCCUCAGUCGCUUAGCUCCGACCAUGUCAAGGUCUUCCUGUAUCAGAUUCUAAGAGGCCUGAAGUACCUACAUUCUGCUGGUAUUCUACACAGAGACAUCAAACCAGGAAACCUACUCGUUAACAGUAACUGUAUACUCAAGAUAUGUGAUUUUGGGCUGGCCCGCUUGGAGGAACCAGACACAAACAAACACAUGACCCAAGAGGUCAUCACACAGUACUACCGAGCGCCGGAGAUCCUGGUCGGCAGUAAGCAUUAUGGGUCGUCGGUUGACGUCUGGUCGGUGGGCUGCAUCUUCGCUGAGCUACUGGGGAGGAGGAUUCUGUUUCAGGCCCAGAGUCCAGUCACACAGCUCAAUUUGAUCACCGAUCUUCUUGGUACACCGAGUAUGGAAGACAUGAAAUACGCAUGCGACGGUGCGAAAGCACACUUGCUCAGAUCACCCCACAAACCUCCUUGCCUGUCAGCAUUAUAUAGUCUGUCUGCCCAGGCUACUCAUGAAGCUGUCCAUCUCUUGAGUCGGAUGCUCGUCUUUAAUCCAGACAAACGUAUUUCUUGCACCGAUGCCCUCACCCACCCCUACUUAGAGGAAGGGCGGUUACGCUACCACACAUGUAUGUGUCGCUGUUGUCAUAACACGGCAGCCGGCCGGCAAUACACCUCCGACUUUGAGCCGGCAGCACCUCAGAGGUUCACCUCGGAGUUUGAGGAUGGGUUGUGCAGUGUCCAUGAGGUCAAAGAGGCAUUACACACGUUCAUUACAGACCGACACCAGGGUAAUAGCGUACCCCUUUGCAUCAACCCCCAGUCUGCUGCCUUCAAGAGUUUUGCAAGCUCGUCAGUAGCUAGUGCCUCGGAAUUGCCACCCACUCCCCAACCAUGGGAGUAACUAAACCAGUCACAAAUGGGUAACCAUUGGGUGUGGUGAGCAAUGGGCCCAUACCCCCCUCUGCUACUCCCUCUGUGACCCUCCUUCCACCCUACCCUUGGUCCUUGGAGGACCUCAGAGGUGCGGUGAGGCUCAGUGGAGCCAGCCCUAUGCAUAGCCUAAACCUAUUUAUUACGAUGAUGAGUGUGACGGUAACGAGCAAUACUGUGUGAUUCCUGUUACUUGUGAUGCGUUACUCGUGAUGCAUUACGUCACCCGUCAUAUCCAAUGCUGCAAUUUUAAAACAUAAGUACACCAACAAAUGGGUCCAGUUUGUUAUAGGGGUGUUUAGGCAGAGAUUGAUGUUGCUCGUAACUCUUGAUUGGUUUAGUGUACAGCUGUCUGGCAUCCGUCAGAAUCGAUCAAUUAACUCAACACUGAAAGCUGUGAGUGUUGUCAAGUAAAAGCAUUGAUCCUUAGCUGCAUUAGAUUUAUGGAAAUCCAGCCAAUCGAAAACCUGUAUUUUAAGCUCCUUUGGGGGUUAUGAAACCAAGGGGUAGCAGGAAACCAGUCACAAUAGAUAUGCAUUGCAUAAGAUUCUAGCUGGUAUUCUGUUAACGCUAAGCAUGGUGUGAAUCUGCUUAGCAAUUUGUAUCAUCUCUAUGGAAAUUGGACCCAGUUGCUUGAGUUGUAUAAAUAAUAAUAAUCCCAACAAAUAGUGUAUAGUUAAGAACAUUUUUUCAAAAGGUGGUAGAUAUUUUGUAGUAUGCAAGUUAAGGGUAUUUGUGUAAUCUGCCAGUGUUUUUUUUUUUUUUAACGGCAGUUGGCUCUUUGGAGGGGAUUUAUUUUACAUUAAUGGUGUCUUUGUAACACCCCCAGUUCUAAAGUGGAGUCUCCCUUGCUUUGUGCUUACAGAAGAGUCAAUUGUCUUUUUUUUGGGGGGGGGGGAGAGGAAAGCGUGAUUGGAAGUUUUGUACAGUUUUUUUCGUUUGCCAAAGAUGGUGCUAAGUUUUGGGGAAUUGUUUUUUGCACGUCAAGUUGUAGAGUAAACUAAAUGUAGUUUUGAGCCUUUAAUUUAUUAUUCCCGAAUUAAAAAGAGUUUGUGUUUUUAUCUGCACAUCUAAUGAUCAAAAUUUAAACCUGAAAUCAGUCCAAAUUUACUGCCGAAUAAUAAUUUUUUUGGCAAUUUCAGUUGAAAUAAUUAUGUGAGAAAUAAUAAUGAUGAUGCGUGGUUGCAGUAUUACUGGUGCUGAGCACCCCCCACUUGAGUACCCAUUGCUUGAAUUACGACGGAAAUUCCAUUGCCUGAAUUCUUUGCCGUAGCAGAAUUUACUUUCUAUGUAUAUGAGGGCCACCCAGCGUCUUUAGUUUCUGAACCCAUAAGUAUUUUCUUGGAAGAUAUCGAAAAGCACUAAUUGGCAAGGCACAAGUAAUGUAUGUUAAACCUCGUUCUACUAGUAUAGACCUUUAUUUAUCACGCUGUCACCAUCUUGGUCAUGUUCCCUGUUUCCCUAACAGUAUGAAUGCAAACAUUCAUUGCUCAAACAUGGCACCAGACUAUUAUUUCGUCCAGCCUCAGUUUGGUUACAAUGAGUUGGAAUGGAGUAAAAUCAAGAUGGCCACACUGUGAUAAAGGUCUAUAGGGAGGUGUGUGGAGGUACAUGCCCAUUGUGCGCGCGAGGGGGUCAUUAAAGUACCUUAUUCCGGGCCCAAUUUUAUAGAGCUGCUUUUAGCUAAGCACAACAAAAUUAUUCUUACCAGGAUAGGGUUACCAGACAAAAUAGUGUGUCACAUGUACAAUCUUAUACUGGUAUCAUGCUGUUUUUUACUUAGCAGAAAAUGUGUAGGCAUUAUUUUCUGCAGCUCUUUGAAAUUGAGCUCUGAUCCUCGAAAGUUUAUGAAGGAAAAUCUUUUGAUGUUUUUUUUAAAAAGUCUUUCAGUUUUGACUUUCAAAUUAUUGUCCAUCAGUGAUUUCCGUUUGAAGAAGUACUAUUUCUUAUGCCAGUUUGCUUUUAUGACACCAGUCGUUUAAAGUUACCCUAUAAGAGAUGUUAAAGUUACCCUCUCAAAAGGUCUUAGAUGCAUGUUAAAGGCAGUGGACACUAUUGGUAAUUACUCAAAAUAAUUAUUAGCAUAAAACCUUUCUUGGUGACGAGUA